AGUGUCAGACUCAAAGUUCUGCUGAUAAGUACUUAAAGAAGUAUUUCCUACACCAGUUCUUAAACACAUUGAAACAGAAACAAUGCCAAAGGAUCAGAAUAUUAGAGAUUAUUUAGAUGGAAAUGAGCUAGAUUUAAGUUUACAUAACUUAACAUCAGUACCUGUAAAAGAACUGGUGUCAAUCCCCAAAGCAACGCACCUGGAUUUGUCAUGUAACCAACUGACAUGUUUACCUACCACUUUCUGCUCCCUAACUCACAUAGUGAAGAUUGACCUCAGUAAGAACCACCUCACUGAUUUACCGGACAAUUUUGGUAACCUGUGCAACUUACAGCACCUCGAUCUUCUCGGAAACCAGUUGGUCAGGCUCCCUGUUAGCUUUGGUCAGCUGCAGAAACUUAAGUGGCUUGACUUGAAGGACAAUCCUCUGGAGCUGGAGCUGAAGAAAACGGCAGGGGAUUGUCUGGAUGAGAGAGAAUGCCGAAUGUGUGCUCAAAAGGUCUUGGUGUAUAUGAAAAACAUUGAAGAUGACAUCGAACGAAAGAGGAAAAAGAAAGAAGCUGCAAAAAGAGAACGUGAAAAAGCUAAAAAACUGCAAGAGGAAAAAGAGAGAGAACAAAAGAAAAAGGAGAAGCAGGCAGAAAAGGCGAAACGAAGACAGGAAUAUGAAGUUCAAAAGGCAGCAAAUAACCCCGUG